AUGCCGCCGCCAAUGCUAUGGAACGCUGAUCGCCAUCGCCACUUUGUUCAUGUGGUUGAACAAUUUGGUGGAGAACAAAGAGCAACUCAUGAUAAAAAUUUUAAGUUAAUGAAUAGGAAAGAACUCACAAUAGAUCAAGUCAAGACUCAUCUCCAGAGUUACAGGAUCACCAAACAGAAAGAAGCCAUACAAGCAGAGGAGAGGCGACAGAAGAUGAUAAGGCAAAUGAAUGAGUGGGAAACUAAGCAACACCUUCGUCGAUAUGAACGUUUGCUAAAAACUGCUGAAUGCAUCCAAAAUCAACAAAAGCGCGUGCAACAAGAGGAGAUGAAGGGAAAAAGAAUCAAAUUUGGAGAAUCAAGCAACAAGAGAGAAGAAGUAUCCUGCAAAUCUCUCUAUCAAUCUUCAAGAAUUGGACUCAAUGAAAGUGGAAAUGAUGAAGACCAGAAAGAUGGUAACAAUGGUGAGAUAUUGUCUCUUGAGCUCACUCUUGGUCUCAAGUACUAA